AUGAGCGGGAUGCGGCGGUUUGUGACGAAUGAUGGGGUUGGGUUGCGGUUUUUGGAUACGGGUGUUGGGGGUGGGGAUGGGGAUGGAGGUGGAGGUGGAGGUGGGGGAGGAGGGAAGCCGUGGUUGGUUCUGAUCCAUGGCUUCACAGGCUCGUCCCAGGUAUGGAAACGCAAUAUCCAGGCUUUCUCUGCCCAGUACAGAGUCAUAGUCCCCGACCUCCGGGGCCACGGCGAGAGUGACAAGCCCGAUCAUGGCUUCCAGGUUAGUCGGCUGGCGAUGGAUCUGAGAGAGCUGGUGCUGCUGCUGCAGAGCACGGAGGCCGAGCCAGCGAGAGAGUGGAAGGCUAUUGGGGGGAGUCUGGGCUGUUCUAUACUAUGGUGCUACGCCUCCCUCUUCACCACAUCUCCCUUCACCCACACCAUCUUCGUCGACCAGUCACCCCUCCAGAACAGCCUGCCCGACUGGUCCUCGGCCUUCUGCAACCGCGGCAUGAACAACGCGCUCGCCGUCUCCGCGCUGCAAACCACGCUCGCCACGUCCCCGGAAACCGCACACCGAGGCACCAUCGCCGCCUGUCUCUCCUACCUCGCGUAUCCGCUCCCUACCGACUUCCCAUCCGAAGAAAAGAGGGAAGAGGUCACCCGCGCGGACGAGGAGUUCUUCCUGGGAGAGGCGAUGAAGGGUCACCAGACAUGGUACGGUCAGCUGAUGGCUGACCACACGGCUCUGGACUGGCGGGCCAGCAUCGCCGCGACGUUUGGGAGGGCGAGUCCGAGUCAGACGAAGGUGUUGGUGGUGGCGAGUAGCCGGAGUGGCUGUUUCCCGGCCGAGGGACCGCUGUACGUCGUGGGUUUGGUGGGGGCGAGGGCGAGUGGGUGGGAGGACCCCGAGAAGUUUAACGAGCUGGCGCUGAAUUUCCUGUCGGGUGGUGAAGCCGAUGCGGCAAUGGGGAGGUGGGUUGGGGUGGCUGCUUGA